AUGUCAUCGCCAGAGAUCUCUGGGGCCCUCCUCGUACCCGAGAUCUUGACCGCCGUCGGACAGCAUCUCUCUCGCAUGGACUUUCUGCAAGCCGUUCUUGUCUCACGCUCGUGGCACGCUCAACUCAUUCCACUUCUCUGGCACACACUUGCCCUGCCCCGACGCUGGCGUAUCAUCAUGGCAACCGCUAACGACUCCCCUUCCUCAGGAUAUCCGGAUUCAACAGUCUUCAAGAAAUAUGCCCAUCUUGUCCGGUCUCUAGCCUGCAACAAUAUCGAAUAUCACUUGCACUAUCUCGUGCCAUUUUGCAACCAAUUGACGGAGCUAGAUAUCGCGGAUCUUACGGAAAAGUCAUUGCCACUACUCCAACUCAACACAGCAACGUUGACCUCAAUUAGGUUCGAGAGGGAGCGCGAGCGGUUCGAGAGACCGUUUGGAGUGAAGCAGUUCCUGCAGGUCAUGAACAAAUGUCCAUUUCUGGAUCGUUUACGUCUUGUCAACUUUCAGAUCCAGAACGAAGACGAGGACAAGGACCAGGUCCGAGGACUAGGGAACCAGUGGAGCCAACGGGAUCAGAGACAAGGAUACUCUUUGCCUAAGAUAACUAUGCCUGCGAUAGCCCACACGGAAACCGCAGAGGUCUCAAGGACGAACGCGAUCGCUCUUUUCUAUCAACUUGUGUACCAGCUUUCGACUCUAGAGCUCGUCAGAAGUACUCUCGAUAUGCUUCCACUCCAGACCAGCGUCUUUUAUCGUCUUCAAAAACUAUCCUUACUGGAGAUCUCCAUGGCUUACAAGGACCAGCUGGUACUCGUCAGCCGCUGCCAAUACUUGACGCACCUCAAGUUGCGGCUGACUCGUGAAUCAGAGCGCCUUGACCUCGAACACCUAGCUUCUGUUGAGCUAGAAGUAUCGUGUCCUAAUAUAACGCAUCUGGAUCUGUCAUGGUCGACACUCAAGGAUCAAGAAAUUGCAGCGAUGCUGGAGUAUUUGCCACAUUUGAUCUCGUUUCACGCACAGAGAACCAAUAUAGGAGAAACGACAGUGGCCAUGCUGACAAAUCCAACCUCGCGAAUCAAGGAUCAAUUGCAGGAACUGGAUCUGGUCGACGCGAGAGAGAUGCAGAGCGCAUGGAUCCAAAGGCUUUUGUGUUCUUGUUCGGGACUGAGACGCUUCCGUGCGACAAAGAUGAAUGCCAGGGAUAUCGUCCAUGCUGCUGUUAGCGCUACGGUCGAAUCUAAUAACCAUUCCUCGACAACAUUGUCAAUACCAGUAUCCGGAUGGGGUUGUCUUCAGCUCCAGGAAUUGCAGCUCAGUAUCAUUGGUUUACCUACUACUCGGUCUCAGUCGUCAUACUCGCGUUUACCGUCAUCACCAUACGUUUGCCAGCAGCAACUAGUGAUCUACGAGCAACUCUCCCGUCUGACACAACUUCAGGUCCUUAGCCUGGGCGGCAAUUGUAUGUCGACUUGGUUCAGGAUAGGCACCCUAGAUUUAUCGCUGCGCUCUGGUUUCGGUCAGUUGCGGACCUUGAAGGAGCUACAGGUGUUCAAUUUCAGUUACAUGGCGCACGAUUUGGGCAUGAACGAGGUCGAGUUUAUGAUGGAACAUUGGAAGAAGCUGAGAAGAGUCGUGGGGACAGUUGGAGUUGGAUUGGAUGAGGACAGAGAUAGGAGGACAGAUUCGGGAGUGGAAGGAGAAGCAGGGGUGCAUGGACGUUGGCUGAAACCAAAAGUGGAGAGACAUGAGAUUUACAUCCAUCGGAAAUGGCCCCUGGUUCAGUUCAGUUCGACAUAA